UGGUAACUAGGGAACGCCGUCCUCACCGAGAGACCGGAGACACCGAGAAGACGGGUUUGUCUGUGCCCAGGUUCAACAUGUUUAAUAUUUAGGGGACUAUCAUCCGAAAUCCAGAGGGACGAGUUGACAAAAGAGCUUGCCAGUCAGGCGUUAUGGGUUCGAGGUUUUACUUCACAGAAACAAUGAUACCAAUGAAGAAUAAUUCAAAGGAGUAUUCUGAUCCACAGAAAAAAACACUCCGACAGCUUCUACAUCAGUUGGAGAAGUCUCAGAAAGCUGACAUUCAUGCCUACAGCUUUGGACAUUUAAACCAAAGGAACCUAAAUAAAAUACCAAGGCAUCUGGAUACCUCAGUGUCAUGGAAGAGUGCAAAAAAACCUGCUCCUCUUAAGAAAGAGAAAAAAUGCAGGUCUUUCCAGCAGUUAAGUGAUGCCAAUGUUAAGAAAAUGACAGCUGCUUUUGUAGACUGUCAUCUGAUGAGUAGUACCGUGCCAAUAUUACCUACACGUCUCAGCCCUGUCUGCAAUAACCUCAACCAGAGUAGUGCCAGAGCUUCUCAGAAUAUCUGCAAUGGUUCAACAAUCCCACAAACCAAGCCAUGUUCAGGAUCCCCACACAUUGAGAUUCAAACUAUACCAGAUCGCCUAGCCAAAGAGGAAUUGGAACUAUCAAACCUCAUGCUCAUAAAGCCUCGACCACAGAAGUGUAUAAGAUUACAUAGUGCCCAUGACCAGAACCAUUUUGUUGAAUCUUACUUUGCCGGACUGACGAGGAAAGACCAAUUCAGUAAGCUGCUCGAAUUCGAGGAAAAUAUCGUAAUGAAGCGAGACCUUCUAGAUAGAAAGGCACCGACAGGUUACAAAGCAGUAGAAAAACAUGAAUGGAAGCUAACUCGUGAGCUGUUGAAGAUAGAACAUCUCCCUAGACCAAAUUUGAGACGUCUUCAGGUUUUUAGUGAUGUGUUUGAGGACAUCUGUCAGGACUCACCAGUACUUUGUGAAAUCUUGAGAGAAAUCAAGACCGAAUAUGAUUUGUACCUGAUGUCACUCUUGGAAUCCCAACCAACGGAUCAACACAAGGUCUUGCUGGCUGAACUCCAAGGUAUGACUACCAGAACAGUGAAAACUCACCACGUAGAGGAGGUGCAGCAGAAAGUUUUAAGUUUGGAGCAGGAAGCAAGACUUGCAUUGCAGAGGAAUGAUAAGCUUAGAAAUGAACUUGAGGCUGAACUUUCCAAACUGGAGCCCUUGUCUGAACAGCAAGAGGAACAGUCCAAUUUGAAGUACAUGAAAACUAGAAAACAGCUGCCACAUGGCAUGGAGCAGGUGUUGUCACUGAGAGACCGUAUUUGUAAAACAACAGCAAUGAUUCAAGAGCUGGAGAAUGAGCUGAAGCAUUCCAUGGUGCCCUGUAUAAUCACCGAUGCUCUGCAGAGUUCUUUCAAGGAUACUCUGGGUGAAGUUGCAUAUUUGCAGAAAUCCAGUGACUUUCUUCGCAGUAAAAUAAAAGCUCUUGAAAAUUAUAUAGAAAGAACUCUUAUUAAUUAUAAAAUGACAAAAGAAUAUAGAGCGAACUUCUGGUAUAUGCUCAAAGACAUUGUGGAAUCUACUGAAGUUAAAAAAAGCCAGUAUCUCUGAGGAAUGGGUUUGUCAGCUUGCCAAUUCAAGUGAGCUUCCUAAUAUAGGAAUUCUCACAAACAUCUGUUCAUUUAAAUAUGUUUGCAAUGAGAGCCCCAAAUUUAGAGAAAAAUCAUUCCGUCAGAAAUCGGUUAAAAAAUUUUGUUCAUUUGUAUGUAUCAUCACCUGACUUCAAAAUGAGAUCUUCUAUCUACUGUAUAAUGCUGAGAGCUUUUCCAAUAAUAACUACUACCAACACCUAUGUAGCCAAAUAGUUUGAAGCACUUCACAGAACAGUUUUAAAACAAAAUUUGAUACCAAUUCACAUCAUGACAUAUUAAUCAAACGUUUCGUCAAAAAGAUAGAUGUUAAGGAAUCUGUUAGUAGUAGUAGAGUGAUAGUAAAGUGGUUUACAUUGGGAAUUCCAUAACUUAGAGCUUGGAUACCUGAACACGCAACCAAUGAUGGAAGCCGGGAAUGUACAAGGUAGUAGAAAGAAAAUGUGUUUUUCUGCAACAUCUUUCACAACUACAGAUGCAGCAAAAUCCUAUUGAAAGAAAAGGUAAUUGAAAAACUAAUUGGGUUAAACAAUAACUCAGAGGAAGUAUUAGAAAGGCUUGCUGAGCAUAAAGCUAAUAAUUUCACAAGAACGGUAGGGGUGCAUUUGAGGAUGCUGAGACAAGUAAGAGUGAAAAUUUCAGGUAUGCUUUUCUUGAUCGUGAAAUCAUUUGUAUAGGUGGUGACCUAAAGAAAAUUAAACCAGUA